CUCUCUACACCUUAUCCUUGUCGACGACCCGCGCGGUGAGGACGUCGCCUUCAGAAUAUCAUGGUUGCCCCAUUAUACACGACAGCGUCCGGUCUUCUCUUCCAUGCUGGUAAAAUCCUCGUCUGCACCGUUGGUCUACCGGCGCGCGGCAAGACUCACAUAUCACGAGCUCUCGAGCGAUAUCUGCGAUGGACGGGAGUGAAAGUUCAGGUCAUCUCGCUCGGAGACUAUCGCAGGAAAGUGCUGGGGAGUGCACAGACUCUUCCCUCAGACUACUUCACGCUAGGCGAGAAGAGUCCAGAGACUAUCGCCCUCCGGGACGGUAUCAUCAGCGGAUGCGAACAGCUCGUGUGGGGCUUUUUUGACGGAGGUGGUCAAGUCGUCAUCUACGACGCAAACAACGGUACGAAGGCCAAGCGACAGGAGCUGGCGGAGAAGGCAGAGAUGAAGGGGGUCCACAUAAUCUUCCUUGAAUCGAUGUGCGAUAACGAGGACAUCAUCCUGUCGAAUAUCCGAGGGGUCAAGAUAUCAUCACCUGACUACCGUGGAUGGGACCCUGAGAAGGCCAUUGAAGAUUAUUUGCAGCGCAUACGCGACCAUGAGAAGCAUUAUGAGACCGUCGAAGAGACAACUGUGCCGAACAUCCGUAUUGUAAAUGUUGGAGAGAAGAUCAUGGUGAACGAUAUUCGCGGCUACCUCCAGUCAAGGAUCGUCUUCUUCCUCAUGAAUAUCCACAAUAGAUUCCGUACUAUAUAUUUUGCUCGCUCAGGGCAAUCUCUCAUUGAGCACUCAUACAAGGCAGAUUCAGACCUUUCUCCGGCGGGGUGGGAAUACGCCGAACGGCUGAAAGAAUUUGUCCUCGAACGUCGAGCAAAGUCGCUCGAGCAGCGCGGUCUCGAUGGCGCUGACCGGCGGUUGGUCAUCUGGACCUCCGCGCGGCGGCGGUCUCACCAUAGCGCCUGGCCUUUCCUUCAGCAUUCCGCUAGCGAUGCGAUGCCUGCGCCACGCGUCAAAGUCAUCGAGAAGCCGCAGAUGUCAGAGAUUAACCCCGGCGUGUGGGACGGACUCACGCCGGAGCAGGUCCGUCAGUACUUCCCCGAUGAGUGGGAGCGUUUUGUCAAGGAUCCAUACGCGUAUCGCGCGCCCCGAGCGGAGAGCUAUCACGACCUUUGCGUGCGCCUGGAGCCAACGCUCAUUGAGUUAGAGCGCGAGAGAGAGGACCUGCUUAUCAUCGGCCAUGCGUCUGUCAUCCGCUGCAUACUCGCCUACCUCAUCGGCCUCCCUGCGUCUGAGAUCCCUGCUAUCGAAGUCGCCCGUGGAGAUCUCCUCGAGGUCGUCCCGACGUCGUAUGGCGUACACAGCCAGGCAUUCCACUUCUGGGACGGGCCAGGCAGGAGCGACGGCGGCGGGGGUAAGGACGAGGCUAAUUUCUACGAGAAUUAUGCGGAGGAUACCAAGGGCAAGCGUCGCCCGGAGGCGACCGAAGUUGCUACGGCGUAAUGGAAGGACAGACCAGGAUCUGCAUGCAUUCUCCUCGAUUUUUUUCUCCCAUCAUAAUGAUAUAAGAAAUCUGGACCGAUGAAGAAACUUAUCUACAGUUUCGUAGGAGUGAUUCAGCUUUGAAAACCUUGUCUUCGCGCAAGAACAUGCAGUAAACUUCAGCAAACAGCAUAUCGUAUAUGCACACAGCUGAGCUAGGGUUGGU